AUGUAUAAUUCUAUUCGUCGGGCUGCAGAAGUUCAUCGACAGGUGCGGAAAUACAUGAGGAGCAUUGUGAAGCCUGGAAUGCUAAUGAUUGAACUAUGCGAAACUUUGGAAAACUUGGUUCGGAAACUUAUCAAGGAGAAUGGACUACAAGCGGGUAUUGCCUUUCCAACAGGAUGCUCCUUGAAUUGGGUUGCAGCUCACUGGACUCCGAAUUCUGGUGAUAAAACUGUACUACAAUAUGAUGAUGUGAUGAAGCUAGAUUUGGGGACACAUAUAGAUGGCCACAUAGUUGAUUCGGCAUUUACUGUCGCUUUUAAUCCCAUGUUUAAUCCGUUGCUUCAAGCAACGAGAGAUGCCACAAAUACUGGAAUCAAGGAAGCUGGAAUAGAUGCACGGCUUUGUGACAUUGGCGCUGCAAUCCAAGAAGUCAUGGAGUCAUAUGAGGUUGAAAUUAAUGGGAAAAUUUUCCAAGUAAAAAGUGUACGAAACCUCAAUGGACAUGGCAUUGGACCAUACCAAAUCCAUUAUGGGAAAUCAGUUCCAAUUGUAAAAGGCGGAGAGCAAACAAAAAUGGAGGAGGGUGAAUUUUAUGCCAUUGAAACUUUUGGGUCCACAGGAAAGGGAUUUGUGAGGGAGGACCUGGAAUGCAGUCAUUACAUGAAGAACUUUGAUGUUGGCCACGUGCCAUUGAGGGUAGCAAAGGCUAGGCAACUACUCACGACAAUCAACAACAACUUUGGAACCCUUACAUUUUGCCGCCGAUACCUGGACCGCAUUGGUGAGACCAAAUAUCUAAUGGCACUGAAAAAUCUCUGUGAUGUUGGCAUUGUGCAGCCGUACCCUCCAGUGUGCGAUGUGAGGGGAAGCUAUGUGUCACAAUUUGAGCACACCAUUUUGCUUCGACCAACAUGUAAAGAAGUCAUAUCCAGAGGCGACGACUAUUGA